ACUGUGUGAGGCAGAGAGUGAGACAGAAAGAGAGCGAGAGUGACAGAGAGAGCGAGUGAAAGUGCGAAAAAGAGGGGGAGCUGACAGAAUGAUGUGGGAAACCAUACACUGAGGAACUACCCAAACCUGAAGAAGACUUUUAUGACAACGUGUAUGGGAGGCCAGGACAGGGACCACAACCUGUGGAGACCAUGGGCAGCUCCCCACCCCCUGUGCCUUCCCUCAAUGUCACAGAGUCAGCCAACACAUCAUGGGCCGUGGUGGCUGGCGGCGAGCCAGGUUACAGCGAGGUGGAGAUGGUCCUCCUAGGCAUGGUGAUGUCACUGCUGGUCGUAGGCAUCGUGUUUGGCAACAUCCUGGUCAUCAUAGCCAUCUACCGGUUCCAGAGACUCCAGAACAUCACCAACUGCUUCAUCACCUCUCUGGCCUGUGCCGACCUGGUCAUGGGUCUCAUCGUGGUGCCGUUCGGCGCCUGCUACAUCAUCUUCAACACCUGGCACUUCGGCAGCUUCUGGUGUGAGUUCUGGACCGCUACUGACGUGUUGUGUGUGACGGCCAGCAUCGAGACGCUCUGCGUGAUAGCGCUGGACCGUUACCUGGCCAUAACCUCUCCGUUCCGCUACCAGUCUCUGCUGACCAAGGGUAAGGCGCGCGUGGUGGUCCUGCUGGUGUGGGUGAUCGCUGGACUCAUCUCCUUCUUACCCAUCCACAUGAAGUGGUGGAUCAGUGACGACGCGGAGGCACAGGCCUGCAUCCAGAACAGCAACUGCUGUGACUUCAACACCAACACAGCCUACGCCAUCACCUCCUCCAUCAUCUCCUUCUACAUCCCCUUAGUCGUCAUGGUGUUUGUCUACAGCCGCGUGUUCCAGGAGGCCAAGCAACAACUACGCAAGAUCGACCGCAGUGAGGGCUUCCACGCCCAUAACAACAACAUGGCAGGAGGAGGAGGAGGAGGAGGAGGGGGGGUGGAGAGUAACAACGAGAGCCGAGGAGUUGGAGGAGGCUUCAAGAAGACCAAGUUCUGCCUGCGGGAACACAAGGCCCUGAAGACAUUGGGGAUCAUCAUGGGGAUCUUCACGCUGUGCUGGCUGCCCUUCUUCCUCCUCAAUGUGGUGGUAGCCAUCUGGAAGGUAGGGGACAUCGGACUCGCCUUCAGGAUACUCAACUGGAUAGGUUACGCCAACUCCGCCUUCAACCCCUUGAUCUACUGCAGGAGCCCUGAGUUCAGAUACGCAUUCAAGGAGAUCCUGUGCAUCAAGAAGGUCCGGUUCCCAAACCUAGGGCCUACUAAUGGAUACGUGUACAGCGGGCACAGCUGGCAGAGUGAGCAGCAGGGAGGGAGGAGUAAGGGGAGCUCGGAGGACAGUGACCCAGCUGCAGACGGGAGCUCUGGGAGGGGAGAGGCGGGUGGGGGUGGAGCUGCAGACGGAACGGACCCGAACGGGAACUGCAGUAAAGGGUUAACGACUGUACUUUAACCCCUCACCAAUGACCUCCUUCCCUUGGUAAGGGAAGGGAACAACCUUUGGAACAGACAGACAUGUUUCACUGUGAUCGGCCAUUGUCACUUCACUAAGUCACUGAGAUAAGACUGGAUGAAUGGAUGGAGGAUGAAUGGUGAGUGUGUAGCACGGGUGGGACUUGUUAGAUUGAGCACAGGAGAGGAAUUUGUUAUUUCUUACCAGUAGGUUUGAUAAGUAGAUCACUUUAUGUUUUGAUAUGUUCAUUUAGAGAGAGAGAGAGAGAGAUCAUGUAGAUUGUUCCAUCUACCUCACCGUGUCGUUUCAGAUAUCUUUCUGUUCUUAUCAUGUAUUUUCUAAAUGUCUCACAUUGAUUCACUGACCACAGAAACCAGACUGGCUCAUAACUCCACAAUAUAUUUUUACUCUUAAUACUCUUUAUGACUAUAGCAUCUCCUUAGAGGGUGGACAAUGCAAAACAUGAUGGGUUUGAUUCCCGCUGGGGCCGCCCACACGUGAAAUGUAUCUAUACAUGAAUAUAAGUCGCUUUGGAUAAAAGCAUCUGCUAAAUGGCAUAUAUUAUUAUGAAUAAUUGGUGAGAG